AUUUCCGUUUGGAGUGUCUAUAGUGACAUGAGUGCGAGCGGCUUGUUGCGCGAGAAGCAUUGAGCGUCAUGGACGUGCUGGACGAGUUCGGGGACAUGUCACCCCACCAGCUCGCGGCUCCCGUGGACACGGUCGAGGACAAGUGGAAGCUGCUUCCAGCCUUUUUAAAGGUCAAAGGCUUGGUGAAGCAACACAUCGACUCCUUCAACUACUUCAUAAACGUGGAGAUAAAGAAGAUCAUGAAGGCCAAUGAGAAGAUUACAAGUGACGCAGAUCCGAUGUGGUAUCUAAAGUACCUUAAUAUAUAUGUUGGUAUGCCUGAUGUGGAGGAGAGUUUUAACGUGACCAGACCGGUGUCUCCACAUGAGUGUCGUCUGAGAGACAUGACCUACUCUGCCCCCAUCACUGUGGACAUCGAAUACACCAGGGGCAGCCAGAGAAUCAUCCGGAAUGCCCUACCCAUCGGAAGAAUGCCAAUUAUGCUCCGGAGCUCCAACUGCGUGUUGACGGGUAAGACGCCCGUGGAGUUCUCCAAGCUCAACGAGUGUCCUCUAGACCCAGGGGGCUAUUUCAUCGUGAAGGGUCAGGAGAAGGUCAUUCUUAUCCAGGAGCAGCUCUCAAAAAAUCGGAUCAUCGUGGAGCAAGAUCGCAAAGGCGCCGUGGGAGCCUCGGUCACUAGCUCCACUCAUGAGAAGAAGAGCAGAACCAACAUGAUUGUGAAGCAGGGCCGUUUCUACCUAAAACACAACACGCUCUCUGAAGAUGCGCCAAUAGCCAUCAUAUUCAAGGCCAUGGGUGUGGAGAGCGACCAGGAGAUUGUCCAGAUGAUCGGUACCGAGGAGCACGUGAUGGCCGCCUUCGCCCCCAGCCUGGAGGAGUGCCAGAAGGCUCAGAUUUUUACCCAGACCCAGGCGCUGAAGUACAUUGGUAACAAAGUGCGUCGCCAGCGUAUGUGGGGCGGACCGAAGAAGACCAAGAUGGAGGAAGCCAGAGAGCUUCUAGCUUCCACCAUCCUCACGCACGUACCUGUAAAGGAGUUUAACUUCCGGGCCAAGUGUAUCUACCUUGCGGUGAUGGUGCGCAGAGUGACUCUGGCGCAGGGCAGCAACAAGGUGGAUGACCGCGACUACUACGGGAACAAACGUCUGGAGCUGGCCGGCCAGCUCCUGUCCCUGCUGUUCGAAGAUCUCUUCAAGAAGUUCAACUCCGAGCUGAAGAAGAUUGCUGACCAGAUCAUCCCCAAGCAGAGAGCAGCCCAGUUUGACGUGGUGAAACACAUGAGGCAGGAUCAGAUCACCAACGGCAUGGUCAACGCCAUCUCCACCGGGAACUGGUCCCUGAAGAGGUUUAAGAUGGACCGGCAGGGCGUGACCCAGGUCCUCUCUCGUCUCUCCUACAUCUCAGCUCUGGGCAUGAUGACACGCAUCUCCUCCCAGUUUGAGAAGACCAGGAAGGUGAGCGGGCCGCGCUCGCUGCAGCCCUCCCAGUGGGGCAUGCUGUGCCCGUCCGACACGCCCGAGGGCGAGGCGUGCGGUCUGGUGAAGAACCUUGCGCUCAUGACCCACAUCACCACGGAUAUGGAGGAUGCCCCCAUUAUUAAACUGGCCUUCAACCUGGGUGUGGAGGAUGUCAACCUGCUGUGUGGGGAGGAACUCUCCUACCCCAGCGUCUUCAUUGUCUUCCUGAAUGGUAACAUCUUGGGAGUGAUUCGAGACCAUCGUAAGCUGGUGCACACGUUCAGGCUGAUGAGGAGGGCAGGCUUCAUUAAUGAGUUCGUGUCCAUCUCCACCAACGUAACAGACCGCUGUGUUUACAUAUCCUCAGACGGAGGGCGUCUCUGCAGGCCAUACAUCAUCGUGAAGGCCGGGCAGGCAGCCGUGAAGACUAAGCACGUGGAGGAGCUCUCUCAGGGCUACAGGAGCUUCGAGGACUUCCUGCACGAAGGUCUCGUGGAGUAUCUGGAUGUGAAUGAGGAGAACGACUGCAGUAUCGCGCUCUAUGAACACAUGAUCACCAAGGACACUACACAUCUGGAAAUUGAGCCGUUUACGUUGCUGGGAGUUUGUGCUGGUUUAAUUCCGUACCCCCACCAUAACCAGUCGCCUAGGAACACCUACCAGUGUGCUAUGGGCAAACAGGCCAUGGGUACUAUUGGCUAUAACCAGAGGAACCGCAUUGAUACGCUGAUGUACCUGCUGGCGUACCCCCAGCGGCCCAUGGUGAAGACCAAGACCAUCGAGCUGAUCGACUUUGAGAAGCUGCCGGCUGGUCAGAACGCCACUGUGGCCGUGAUGAGCUACAGUGGUUACGAUAUAGAGGACGCCCUGGUGUUGAACAAGGCCUCUCUGGACAGAGGCUUUGGAAGAUGUCUUGUGUACAAGAAUGCCAAGUGCACACUGAGGCGCUACACCAACCAGACCUUUGACAAGGUGAUGGGUCCCAUGUUGGACGCGGAAACACGCAAGCCCAUCUGGAGACACAGCAUCCUGGACGCGGACGGGAUUUGCUCCCCCGGCGAGCGUGUGGAGAAUAAACAGGUGCUGGUGAAUAAGUCCAUGCCCACAGUCACUCAGACACCACUGGAGGGCAGUACCCAGCCAGGCCAGCCUCUGUACAGAGACGUGCCCAUCACGUACAAGGGCUCGAUCGACUCGUAUAUCGAGAAGGUGAUGAUCUCGUCCAACGCCGAGGACGCGUUCCUGGUGAAGAUUCUACUCAGGCAGACACGCAGACCUGAGAUCGGAGACAAAUUCAGCAGCCGUCAUGGCCAAAAAGGUGUGUGUGGUCUGAUUGUACCCCAAGAGGACAUGCCAUUCUGUGACUCCGGCAUCUGCCCCGACAUCAUCAUGAACCCCCACGGUUACCCCUCCAGAAUGACGGUUGGGAAGCUGAUCGAGCUACUGGCCGGGAAGGCUGGCGUGCUGGAUGGGCGUUUCCACUAUGGCACCGCCUUUGGAGGCAGUAAAGUCAAAGACGUGUGUGAGGAUCUCAUCCGCUACGGCUACAACUACCAGGGCAAGGACUACGUCACCUCCGGCAUCACAGGGGAACCCCUGGAGGCCUACAUCUACUUUGGCCCCGUGUACUACCAGAAACUGAAACACAUGGUGUUGGAUAAGAUGCAUGCGAGGGCGCGUGGGCCGAGGGCCGUGCUCACCAGACAGCCUACCGAGGGGCGCUCACGUGACGGAGGCCUGCGUCUGGGCGAAAUGGAGAGGGACUGUCUGAUUGGCUACGGCGCCAGCAUGCUCCUACUGGAACGCCUCAUGAUCUCCAGCGAUGCCUUUGAAGUGGACGUGUGUGGACAGUGUGGCCUGCUGGGAUACUCCGGAUGGUGCCACUACUGUAAGUCUUCGUGCCAUGUGUCAUCUCUGCGUAUACCCUACGCCUGUAAGCUGCUCUUCCAGGAGCUGCAGUCCAUGAACAUUGUGCCUCGUCUCAAACUGGCUCGUUACAACGAGUGAUGGAGCAGGGCGCUCCCUGUGCUGAUCCCGCGUGAAGUGGUAUGGAUGACUGCGCGCUGUGAACGCACCCACGACAUGGAGACGCCCCUGUCCUCAUCCAGCGUCCGUGGCGUGACGUUACUGUGCUCCGAGGUCGUAUGUGUACAGAGAGUAAUGACCUUACAAGGAUCUUGCUUGUUUACAUAUGGAGUUAAAAUAACAGGGUUGACACUUAAUUCUGCCAAUUAAGUUUUGUUAGUGUGUGGAAAAGGGUUGGGUUGUGUAAACCACACACGUUAUUUCUUCCCCAAGUUCAUGCUGGUUUGCUGUCAGAAAUGUUUAUUUUUAUUUCUGUAUGGAUAUGUAAAGCAAUAAAUGUCUCUUUCUUUAA